CGGAAGUGAGUAAUCGAAGGGGCGGAGGGAAUGAUAAUUGUAAAUGUGUGACAGAGGAUCUGCAAUUAAUGUAAACCGUUAGAUGACUCUCAGUACAACACAGAAGUGUUUCACUCGGUAAUGCUAGGGAAACCAAUACUCGUUACAUUUUAGCUUUCAAGAUGACAGCUGCGAGUCAAGCAGAGAGGACUGUGUUGGAAGAUGAAUUCAACUGGCUGCUGAAAGAGGAAGUCCAUGCUGUGUUGAAACAACUGCAAGACAUUUUAAAGGAAGCAUCCAGGCGUUUCUCAAUGCCAACACCAGGAUUGGAGAGUCAACUCAAACAAGAGAAUUUCAUUCUCGGCAGCUCAACAAUGGACCAAGUGAAAGGUGUGCUGACUUUACAGGGCGAGGCAUUAACACAGGCAGACAUUAAUAUAAAAGUUGCCAAAAGCAGUCAAGUCAUGCACUUUGCAUUCCGGGAUGACAAACAGUGGAAACUGCAGCAGAUCCAGGACGCCAGGAACCACGUGAACCAGGCCCUUCAGCUGCUCAACAGCCGAGACGAGAGUUACCACUUCAAAACUGGGGCAGAAGUGAACAAGCUCAUGGAUGCGGUGAUGUUGCAACUCACCAGGGCCCGCAACCGUCUCACCACCCCGGCGACCAUGACCCUCCCCGAGCUGGCCUCCAGCGGCCUGAUGAAAAUGUUCACCCCUCCCAUGCCUGGAGACGUGAUGGUGAACUUCUACAUCAACCUCAGUAAGCUGUGCUUGAUCGUGUACCAGCUCCACGUGCUGCAGCCAAACACCACUAAGAACUUUAAGCCAGCUGGGAGUUCUGUCUUGCACAACCCAGGCGCCAUGUUUGAGAUCAACAACAGUAAGUUUGAGGUCAGUCACGUUCACAAGGUGGAAUGCGUGGUGCCAUGGCUCAAUGACACGCUGGUCUUCUUCACCAUCUCGCUGCAGCUUUGUCAGCAGCUGAAGGAUAAGAUAUCUGUGUUCUCCAGCUUCUGGAACUACAAGCCAUUCUAAGCCGAGGCCUCUUCGAACCACAAGCCUCCAAAGAAAUGAAAUCACUACAAAUCCUCGUAAAUGUGCAUUGUAAAUCUCCCAUGAUGUUUACGAGCGGAACUAGAGGAGUAAAAGCAGUUCUGUGGUUGUUUGUCCAUGUGGUAUUUAAAUAGGAUCAAUAAGCUAUUUUGAUGAAGGAGCAUGCAAAGCUCAUUGUCUACGGUGCAAUUAGGAUAGUAUAUAUCUAUACAUGUAUAAAGAGGCAUAUAUGGGUAACCUGAGGUUCCUUUAGUGGUCCAGUGUAAUCAUUUAGGCGUUUUGUGUUGUGUGUCUUUAGUAAUUCUUUCUAUUUCUGUCUUUGUGCUGAUCUACUUUUCAUUGUUUAUUUUGGACCACAUGUUGUUCCAGUGGGACCCUUACUGAAGGAGAUAUCAUUGCUAGUCAUGAUGAUGCAUUAGGUGCACACGAUGCGUCACAGAAGCUGUGAAGUUACAAUUUCCUCAUGGUGACACUCGUUGGUUUCUUAAGUAACGUGAAAUAACGAGAUUUUAUUAUUUGUCCAAUUUCAGCUGGGAAUCCUCUGCUGAGUCAUGUGAGUUUCCUGUUUUGAACAAGAGUCUUAUGUUCAUGAAUACUGAAAUAACAAGCCAAUCGUCUCACUCCCAAGAGUCUUAUGUUCAUGAAUACUAAAACAAGAAGCCAAUCGUCUCAUUCCAUUAGGUUUAGCAUUCCAGGCUAUCUGUAACACCGCUAAGAAAGGGUUUGAAAGUGGAAGGGUUCAAACUCCCUCACACUUCAGGAAGUAGUUUGAUGUUUUGCACUUAAUUGUUUCGUUUCUUGCCAUUGUUUUUUCAGUGAUGUCAUUCCAAAGACAGUGUUUUCUAUGUUUUUACACUAACAUCGAAGGGAUAAGGAUUCACUCAAAUCAUUCCAUGAGGUUAGAAGGAGGUAUGAGUUGCAUUAAUCAAAAUGGCUUCAGGUGGCUAAACUAUGGUGAGAGCUGCACUUAAAACUUUAGUUUUUUUUUCCACUUGAUACUUUUAUUCAUGUGUACUUAACUUUUUUCUGAAAACAAAACUUUCUCUGCUUUAUUUAUUUAUUUAUCAUCCAGUAUUGAAUUAUUUUGCACUUUUUGCCUGAAUGGUUGUCUUGAUGUUCAAUUUCAUUUCAACGUGGAACAAAUGAAGUCUUACACUAUUUUUAAAUGGAUAUACAUGGACCAUAAAAUAUACUGUGCUAUAAAUAAAUAAAAAUACUAUAUAAUUGUCGUA